GCACCAACGGAGGCACCAACGAAAGCACCAACGAAAGCACCAACGGAAGCACCAACAGAAGCACCAAUUAAAGUAAAAGCAGAACAUAUCGAUGUUAAUGAUUCAAACAAAGAUACCAAUAGGAAGUCGACAAUGUUAAUGAUGAUAAAA